UAAAUGUACUACUAUACUUUUAUUGAGUUAAAGUUAUCUUCAUCAACUUUACUGAAGUAUAGGGAAGACCGAGGCAAGUUGUCACACUGUACAAAAUAUUUUCUACAUUAAACAACAAGCUAUUGAACAUUUUCAAUGACAACAGGACAAACUGAGGUAAGUUGUCACUAUGGAUUCCACAGGCUUUUUGGCAAAAUUAAAACAAUAAAACAAUUCUGAAACUUUCUGAAGGAAAAAGUACAAAUAACUAGCAAAUAUUGUUAAAAUUUCUACAACAUAAUACAUUUUAAACACAUUUGACAACUUUUAUAACAUGACAUGUGACAACUUGCCCCAACCUUGACAUGAAAUUUGAAAAAUACUCGUUUUCAUUAUUUAGUUUACUGUUGUCUGAAUGUACUUCAUGAAGGUGUGGUUUUAAAGUGUUGUUUACACUACAGCUUUUAGAAAAAUUUGAUGCUGGAAUUUGGAGAUUGAAAUAUUUUAAAACAAUUAUCUCAGUUUAUCAUACAUUUUAAACAUUUUAAACUAAUACAUUUUACAACUUUUUGUGAAAAAAGAUUUAUUGUCUGAACUUUUAGAUGUUGUCCUCAAGCCCUCUCUUACUCAUGAGUGACUCUUUGUGGCUAACUAUGGUACUUGCACGUAGAAUCAGUUGCAGUCUUUAAAUUUAGUGUCUUAGUUAAAAUGCUUUCUCUAUUUAAUAUCAGUUGUACUGAAUUGCCAUUAUUACUGAGAUCACUAUGAUUUUAGAUCUGUUAGGAAUGUCUUUUCUAAAUAAGGUUAAAAAACGUGCCAUCCCAAAAUGAAGAGUCUCAUGUUAUUGACCAUGCUGUGGCUCAUUCCCUCUGGAGCUCUUUGCCGUUAUAAGCCUCGGAGCUCCUCUGGCAGUGAUGAGAGGAUCUAUUGGCCCCAUGGAGGUCACUAUUUUCAUUUGAGGCCGGCUCCACCUGGACCUCUGUUCCCACUGUGGCCAUUUCAGUGGCCCCUGUUGCUGCCACGUCCAGUCCCGGCCCCUGCCCCGGCUCCGGCCCCUGCACCAGCACCCACACCCAGCCCCCCAGUCACCACCACCACCGUCCGUGGAGAUGGUAGAAAGUAGAGCAGAGGUUGUUUUGGAUUACAAUGACCUAAAUGAUUUACUUAAAUACCCUUGAAAGUUUAGUAGACUAAUGCUUUCAAUAAAUAUAGUGAAUCUGUUUAACAUGUUAUUUUGUUGUUAUUUAGAAAUAAUAGGCUACAACUAUUAAAUAUAGCAACAAUGUGUUCUAUGUGAAGUUAUUAUCAAAUCGGAGCUUGAGCAGGAAAUAAAGCAAUAAGCCCCAAGAAGCCGUGGUUUACAGUGAAUUUAUAACAGCUAUGGGUGUUGU